UAUUUUUGCAGUUUUACAUUUAUAUUAUGGGUAUAUGAUCUUCAGCUGUAAAUUGUUUUCAAAUUUUUUGUAAUAAGAAUGAAGUUUGUCCGUUAGUUUUUUUCCAUAUCUGAAUUAAUCAGUGUUGGCCGCGUACUAGUUGUCAUAUAUAAAUUUUAGUACUUCUUAUGAUGACAAUACAGCAGUUUACUCAAGGAAUGGAGACGCAUGGAUUCACUUAUCUCACACGUGGGAAAGUAUCAACAUCCUACAUUAAUGGACUGGAGGAGGUCGAGAAUAUUGCAGAAGGCAGUACGGCAGAUCACUCAAGUCACGCUGAUACAUGAAUUCACAUUUCUCACGCGUGGGAUAGUAUCAACAGCCUACGUUGCAAAUGGACUAGAAGAUGCUGAGAAUAAUACGUGUUAUAUGCAAUAUGGCAGUACGGCAGUUCACUUAAGGAAUUCUGACGCAUGGAUUCACUUAUCUCACACGUGGGAAAGUAUCAACAUCCUAUGUUGCAAAUGGACUAGAAGAUGCUGAGAAUAAUACGUGUUAUAUGCAAUAUGGCACUACGGCAGAUCACACAAGGCAUGCUGAGACAUGGAUUCACAUUUC